AUGCAGAGCAGCACACGAGCCGGCGAGGUUCAGGCGUUCGUCGGAUCGAUCGUUGUCAUCGUUUCAUGCUGCAUUUACCUCGUGUGGGCGUAUGUUCCAAACAGCGUUCUUCUUUCCAUCGGCCUGUCAUACUAUCCUUCAAACUCCCCCUUAUAUCCCUUCCCCUCCCACCCGCACUUAUAUUAUUCUGCACGCGACUGCAGGCACUGGGCGUCAGUGAUCCCAGCGUUCCUUAUAGUCACGGUCGUCUGCGCCCUCCUGCUCUACUCAGGUGUCAACCGCCUCUCCGUGCAGCCCGCCUCAUCCAAAUUCUCCAUCCAUGACAACUUUGCACGGAUGCAGCCCCCCAUGACCCACACCAACUUCCAACCCAUCUUGCAGCCGGUUCACCAACCCUCGCACAACCCAUCACCACUUCCAUCAUCCCUGGACCCACCGUCUACAGUAUCUGCUCGCAAUAGUUGUAGUGGGCAUAAGAAUAAAGAGGAAGAAGAAGUGCUGCUGGAGUCUGGGUCGACUAGAUAUCAUGGCAUGAGACUCUACCGCUCGCCUAGCGCGCAGGACGCCAUGCAGAUGAGUAGGAGAGCCCCAAUUCCUCCCAUUCAUGACUUGCCAAUUACGAUGGUUAAUGAUCUUCUGUAUGGCUGA